AUGACACAAGAGAGCUUUAUUGGUGCCGCUUUCAAAAUUGGACGCCCACAUUUAGGUGAAAUCAAAUAUCUGGGGACCUGCUACACCGAUUUCAACCAAAUUCGAGUAUUCAAGCCGUCUAAAUGUAUGAAAGCAGCAGCGAAAUGCUCGAAGAGUGGUAUUUACAAAAUUCUAUUCAAUAAUAAUAAUAUCAUCGAAUUGGUGCUAUUUUGUAAAGAGGACAUCGAUUUUGGGGUGCUUGGCGGUUUGGAUAUUGUUCUGAUAGAUAACAAAGAAUCGCUUAACGAAAUGAUGAUACGACCAAACCAUUAUGGCAUUAGACGGCUGAUGUUCAGCAAAAUAAAUUGA